AUGACCGCACCAGGCGUUGAGGAAUCUGCCAUGGACGUCGAUAAACCGCCUACCCCUGCACCGCGAAAAUUCAAAGCCUCCGAUCUUCCUCUACCUUCGGCGACAAGAGCGGCGAUAGAAUCCCUCGCGCAUAGCUUCAAGAAGGAGGGCGCCUAUGAUUCUAUUCGAAAACAAGUCUGGGACAAAUUUGAAGCUAGCGAUUACGAGGCUCAAGUUACAAAAUCAAUUCUCGAAGUCGCAGAACAAGAAAUCGAACGCAAUCCACAGCAACUCCUCACGCUCGAUCGUCGAAAGGCUGCGGCCCUUAUUGAUGGUGCUCUAGAAAGAUCUGGCGUCUACCAGAAGGCAGAGGAUGUCAUCAGCCAGUUGAUUGACGUUGGUGCUAUAGAAGAGCGCAUCCGCGAAACACGACGGGCAGAUGUUGGCGAAGAAGCAGCAGAGGCGGAAAAGACUCGAGGCGCAAAAACAGACGAGGAGUAUGCAGUUGAAACUGAGGCCCGGAGAACAGAACGUGAACGCGUACGGGAAGAACUACGACAGAAAGAAGCAGCAAUUGAAGAGGAGAAGCGACGAAUUUUGAAGGAGGAACGAAAAAAGGAGGAGCGAGAACGGGAGAAAGCCGAGAUCAAACGCCAGGAAGAAAGAGAUGAGCGUCGCAGAAAGCGCGAACAAGAACGUGAAGAGCGUGAGAGACUGCGAGAUAUCGAAAGGGAGAAGCGGCACAAAGAGCGUGAUAGAGAUCGCGAUAGGGACCGAAGCCGGAAUACACGAGACCGGGAUAGAGGCAACGACCGAGACCGGGACCGAGAUCGCCAUCGUGAUGAUGACCGGCACAGGGACGAUCGGCACAAGGAGAAGUUGGCUGUUUCUGCAGAGUUGAAAGAGAAGCUCUCCAAAGAGGAACAUGAGCGCCUGGAACAAGAGGCUCUGGCUGACUUACUUCGCGAAAGUUCUAAGCCAUCUCAAAAGCAAGAGAUGGAGGUUGAUGCGGCUUUAGCGCCACCUCCACGAAAAACAGGGCCCGUUUCAGCCAUCAACCCCAUUCGGCGAGAACGCUCAUCGAUCACCGAGGGCCGCAAGACCAGCGAUGCAGGGCUCAAGUUGGAACGCGGCGGCUCCGAAACUCCCUCUCAUGCAAAGAAGCCUACGGUGGAUGAAGCCAAACCAGGGCGAAGUGCUUCCCGAGCUGUGGAUCGUGAUGGAGAUCGUGAUCGUCUACGUGAGCGAGAUAACCGUCGUGACCGUCGCUCAAACUCUCCACGUAGAGGCCAGAGUGGUUCGCGCGUUCAAGACAGACGUGAUCGAAGUCGCUCUCGAACCAGACACGAUAGAGCCCGCUCACGGACUGUCAGAGAUGAGCGCACCGCUAGAAGCCGUUCUCGUCCCAAGUAUGAUCACUAUGAGCGAAGCAGAUCUCGGAGACGCGAACGCAGUCGCUCUCGACCUAGGGUGACUGACCGGCGUGAGAGAAGCAGGUCCAGAGCCAGAACAGACAGACGGGAUCGAAGCCGAGAAAGGAGAGAUCGCUCGCGUUCGCGACUGCGCACUGAUAGGCUGGAUAGAACCCGCUCCCGCGCUCGACGUGACCCAAGUCGUUCCCGCGAUGUUCGACUUGGUGGAGCUGAUCACUAUGACCCCCGAGAAAGAGAUCGGGAUAGAGAUCGUCCUCGAGACCGUGAGAGAAACGAGAGAUCUCCUCCACGAAGACGAAGCCGGGAGAGGGCACGUGAUGAUCGUGAUCAGGAGAAGCCACGUGAGAAGGAACGCGACAAGGUUCCCGAGAAGGAACGUGAAAAAGAAAAGGAAAAACCAUCCGACCGACGAAGCCCUUCUCGAUCACUAGCUACCGCCUCUGCCACGCGACCCAGUUCUAGCAAGGCACAGGAUGAACUUGAAGAAUGGAAGCAGGAAGAGGUCAAGAAGCGGGAAAAGGAGGCCAAAGCAUACCUGGCGGCUCAGAAGGACGCCAGAAACAAGGGCCUACCCAUCCCAGGACUCGAUGAUAAAAAGAGUAGCGGCGAGAUAUCCCCCGACUUGCGACGCCGCCGAGUCACCGACGACAUUGACAGAUAUAUGCCUGGAGGUCGUGAGGAGCGCAGGGCGAGCCGCACUAGGAGUCGUAGCCGCCAGCGUGACGCGACUAAGGACCGAGACCGUGAACGGGACAGAGGAGAUAGAGAUAGGGACCGUGAUAAGUUGAGAGGCGGGGAUAGCUACCGCGAGCGAGAUCGGGACAGAGAUCGAGACCGUAGAGACAGGGACCGGGACAGGGACCGAGAUCGAUCUCGUGAACGUGAGCGGGAUAGAGAUCGUCGUGAUCGUGACAGAGACCGUGAUAGGGAUCGGGAGAGAGAAAGGUCCAGGGAUAGGAGAAACAGACGAGAUCGGAGUUUGUCUCCCAGGCGAGAGCGACGGGACACCAGUAGGAGUCGUCGUUAA